AUGGAGGAGUGCGGCACUUCGCCACGCGAUGCCGACUUGGAUGUUGCGUCGCGCGACUACGCGCAGCGGGAGCGGGGAUUGCGCAACGAUGCGUACCGGCAGGCGGUGAGCGAAAUCGCUGGUGAAAUUUACGGGGCGGUGUACCGGCAGACGUACCACGACGCUCUGCAGAUGCACAGGAGAGAAUGGAACCAAGCCGCGCCAUCCGCAGAACGCUUCACGUAA